AUGCACUCGUGGCAACCUAAGGAUCUCAUCAGGAUGAAAAGCAACUUCACCAGCCUUGCCCACGCGCCGCCACACGCGCCGGCAGCGCGUGGGUGUGUAGAGAAAUUUCCGGCGACGGAAAAUCUCCACACCAACGCUCACCCUUCCUACCCUAGCUUCUUCUCAAGGUCAGGAUCACUUUAUUCAACUACCACGAGGUCCAAUUCGCACGGGAACUGGCCGGAAUUUCCAAUUGAAAACCGGCCAAAACCUAGGUUUCCAAUUCGGUUCCAAACCUCAAAAUCGAUCAAAACCUAA